UAUAUGGUGCAAAUCAUCUUUUUCAAUGGCACGUCAACGCGUUCCAUUCUGUAUCCACCUUAACUCUUUUUCACCAUAACCUAUAUUAUUUUUCCAAGCUUCAGUUGGCGCCAAAAAGCAUUGUGUGAGUCUGUGAUUGUGUGGUAGGUGUGUUUUGCUUCUAAAAAUUUUAUUAGUUUGAUGAUCAUGGCUUCUUUCAUAGGGGUACAGUUUGAAGAAGAAGGCAAUAUUGCUUUAAUAAGCAGCAAUUGGCUAACCCCUAGAAAAACGGAAACAUUUUGGCCCCCGUACAAAGGCCGCGAUCGCUACACAAAAGCAUUAUUGAAACAUUGUGCCCCUGAACCUGAUUGGCCAUUCUAUAAAGUUAAACGUGUUUUUUUUAAAUGCGAUAAUUAUGAAAAAGCAAAUAACAAAUUAAAAGAAGCUGAAUUUACUUCGGAUGUACAGUCAGAACAAGAAAUAGAACAGAAAUCCCGCCGCCGCCGACGUAAAACACCAAAAAGGCUUUACUCCACCAGUGAAGAAGACAAUUCCGAUAAAGAAAGUGUACGAAAACUCCAACGGCCACCUUUAAUAGAAUUCAACAUAUGCACAGAUACAACGGAUACAGUACCAAUAAGUGAAGAACUUGGUGGUCAAAUUUUAACAGCUGUGUUUCAUGUUGCUGAACAAAAUAAAGAAAUUUUAUCUAUUUUAAAAAGCCAGGGGUCUAGUGGGACUCCAAAUCAGUUACCAGAUGAUUUGCCUGUUCAACUGCCUUUGAUUACCCAAGAAGAUGUAAUUGAAUUUGAAAAGUACAUAACUAAUAACAUUAAUAAAAUUUUAGUGGUGUCAUAUCUAUCACGGUUGGGUGGAAAGGAUCUUGUGGCAAAAGUUAAUUCAAUUUUAAAAAGAUGCAUAAUUAACAAGUUGGCUUGUGGCUAUAGUUUUUAUGGAAAAAGGCAAAAUAAACAUUUCUUUGCCAAUUUAAAGUUAAAAACUUUAUUUGUUGAAGCUGUUCAGAGUGAGUGUACUUCAACCGAAAAAGAAGUUGAGAAUGCCAUAAAAGUUUGGUUAAAGCACGCACCUCAAAGGUUACAACUGGAGCAGAAGAAGACAAAUGAAAAUGGAGGACUACAAAACAACUAAGGCAGUUGGAUGAAGGCAAAGGUAUAGACGUUUAGCAGUUUAUAAAAAAAAAAUCUUAAAUUUUAACCAAAAUUAUACCCCUAAUUCUAGUAACGACAGUUCUAAAUUGAUUGACAAUAGUCUGUCACUGAAAUCUGAUUGUAGUUAUAAAAAUGUGGGCACUGAAAAUCACUCAAAAAAUCUUAAUUAUAAUUUAAGUGGCGUAAAUAUUUUGUUGGCCCCUACUUCGUGUGAUAGCGGGUUUUCCGAUCAUUUGUCCACAGGCUUUUUUGUUCCAUCUGUAACAAUUUCUAAUAAUUCAUCAAGUCAGUUUGAAAAAGGAGUUUCUUUAACAGACAAGUUACGUUCUUGGGCUCUAACUACAUCUGCAACUCAGUCAAGUGUUACAAUUCUACUGCACUUGCUAAAAGAUUAUUACUCUGAACUUCCAUUAGACUGCAGAACGCUAUUAAGAACUCCCACAUAUAUGAAUGAAAAAAUAUUAGAAAGUGGUAAAUACUGCCAUUUGGGUCUUUCUGAAGGUAUAGCACGUAUUUUAAGGACAUGUGAUAAAAUCGAUUUCAAUGUGUUGAGUGUUAGUUUUAAUAUUGAUGGAAUUCCUUUAUUCCACAGCUCUGCUGUUCAACUAUGGCCAAUAUUAGCACAAGUCAAAAAUGUCUCUAGUAAACCUUUUGCUGUCGGUAUUUUUUGUGACAAAACAAAACCAAAGCCAUUGAAUAUUUUCCUAGAAAAUUUAAUUUAUGAACUUAAACAUCUACUAAGGGACGGUAUUCAGUUUAAAAAUAAAACCCUCAAGUUUGAAAUUAACAGUUUUAUUUGUGACGCUCCUGCACGAGCUUUUUUAAAAUGUGUCAAGUCGCAUGGGGGAUCUUCUUCUUGUGAAAGAUGCAUUGAUCCUGGAAGUUAUAUUGACGGAAGGGUUGUUUUACCAUGCACUAGUGCAUCUUUAAGAACAGACCAAUCUUUCAUCGAACAACUUGAUGAAGAUCAUCAUAUUGGCACCAGUCCCUUGGUUGAUCUUAAAAUGAAAUGGUAACAAAGUUUCCACUAGAAUACAUGCACAGCUGUUGUCUAGGUGUUACUCGUAAAAUGCUCAACUACUGGACAGGUGGUCCCCUGAAUGUUAGAUUAAAAAGUUUGUCUGUUAAAUCAAUUUCGGCAUAUUUAGAGUCCAUUAAAAGUUGGAUUCCUGCUGAGUUCAAUAGAAAGCCAAGAUCUUUAGCGGAACUCGCUAGAUGGAAGGCAACAGAGUUCCGUACUUUUCUUUUGUAUGUAGGACCUAUUGUUUUAAAAGAGUAUGUUCCCAUAGCAAUUUAUGAACAUUUCUUAUUGUUUAGCUGUGCUAUCACAAUUUUGAUUUCGGAUGUGCACUUUUCAGCUAUAGGAACUGAAUUUGUUAAAAAAAUUUUACAGGUUUUUGUAAACCACGGUUCCGCCAUCUAUGGUAAAACAUUUUCUAUUUAUAAUGUUCACAGUCUGUUACACUUAUGUGAUGACGUCGACAAAUUUGGAGUUCUCGACAAAUUUUCGGCAUUUCCUUUUGAAAGUUAUCUCGGCCGACUAAAAGCAAUGGUCAAAUCUAGUGUUAAUCCCCUUAGGGAAGUUUACAAUCGCGUUGUUGAACAAGAUAGUAUUUCCUAUAAAAAAAAUAACAAAGAGGAAGAACGUAAUCUUCUGAUUGAAC